AUUUUAUUUUACACUGGCAAGAAUAUUGUAUUCGUUUUCUAGUAUGGCAGUUUUCAAUUUUCUCGUAAUGUCAAUAUAAAACCGGUUUGAUAAGAUUGAUAUUUUUUCGAUUCCUUUUCCGAAACAAUAGAAAUCAAUGUAGUGAGAAAUAGUGUGUCAUCUGUGUUGUUUUAUGAUUUGUCUUGUCUAUGCAAAUUACUAUUGACGUCAUCGUGAAAUAUGAAGUGACGUGUGUGAGUUAAAAAAUAUUACAUUACAUUUUUCGUCAGGCAGAUUUGGAACAAUUAAGUUAUAAUAUGGUGUAAUUUUAAACAGUUAUGGUGCCCGUGAUCGGUGUUUAAGGCAAAUCGUAGUGAUAAGGUGUGGUAAUGCAAUGAAUACUCACAUCUUUGCCGAUAACUGCGACACAGACUGCCAUUGUUGAUAAUAAUUCGGCGGAAGUGUUCUCCAGACUAACGCUACAUUGACAUUUCUCGCCAUUCGCGGGAAUUUCGAAAUUGUGGUGCGCACUGUGCUUCCUUUGGCCCCGUAAAAAUAAUUGGUGGUGAAUUUUCUACGUGAUAACAUACAUAUAAUAUAGCAAUGGCUAUUAACGACGAGCUUGUAUAUGAAGUUAAUGAGAAGGGCGAGAAUGUUCUCGUUAAAUCAAUAAAUUCAGAUCACCAAGCGUAUCUUCGCUUCACAAAUCGAACAACGCGCGCGGUGGACGUGUGGUGGCGUGAUUUUGCUGGGAAGAAACGGUUUUACGAGCGGAUGGAGCCGGGCGCGUUCUACGAUAUCAACUCGUACCUAACGCAUCCUUGGGAGUUCACUGACGCAACGACCGGGGAACGCUACGUGAUUAAUAACAAGCUUGUAUUCAGGGCACCGGAGCGCGCGGGCGACCUGCGGUACAGGACGAACUGGAACAUCACCGUGCCCGUGCGGUCCUUGAAGAGCACGGCCAUGCAGACCCUGGCGUCGCUGCUGCCGAACCCACACGCAGCCUCCGAGCUUGACCUGCCCAACGUACUGUCCCGCGAGCUGGCAGAGGUGGUGAUCAAAAUGCGCCGGCAUCCUGCGGUGGAGGAACAGGCGGAGAACACAUGGUGAUGGCUGUACAUGCCAGUGGUGGUGCUGUUGCUCACACUGGCUGGUCUGAUGCUGCUCUGGUGUGUAUCUGUGAAGAGGUCUCACAAAAUAGGUUUGAUCAUUCUUUUCUUUUCUGUCUGGCAUCUGUUAAAUGCGCUGCAAAAUCCCAGCGUGGAAUCUAGUCUGAUUGAUUACACGGAGCAGAGUGUGGUGAGGAAGGUGUUUUAAAGAGGAGACAUUUCUAUUUGGCCUGUUUCUUAAAGAAAUGACGGACGGUGCUGUACACAGAAAGUGAGAGAAUACUGCAAGUGAAAUAAUAUUAAACUUAUGUUAUUGUAAGCUAUAAUUAACUCAUAAGUGAGUAAGUUAUAUAUUCUGUUUAUUGUGCAUUUAUCUAAAUUCCUUUAGUUUAUUUUGACUAUUAUUAAUGUGAUUUGGUAUUGUUAAGUGACUACUAAUUUGGUAACUCAUAACGGAGUUGAAUUAUCAAAUAGCUUUUUUAAUUAUCACAAGCAUUGAAGGCUGUUAUUCAUUUUAUUUUAUAAGAGUACAGCAAAUACUAUCUACAUCAAACAAUAUUUAAUUGAUAUUUCAUCGAUAAAUUCACAUUUCUGCUGGUUGCGACAUCAAGUGAAAAUGAUAUUCAGGACUAAAUCUGCGUUAUUCAUGUUCUGCUACUGCGUGUUAAAGCUUGUAACAGUAUUACAAUGCAAACAUUUUUAAUGCAAUUGUCUCCAUCUCUGUUUUGAUUUCUAUUUAUAUGUAUGCCUUGUACAGCCUUCACAACUUCUCCUUUGUACUAACAGACUUCUAAAACUAAAAUAAAAAUUAUGUUAAACAUAAUAAACAGUAACUAUUGCGUAAUUGUUGUGUAUAUGUCACAGCCAACUAGCUUUAUAAGCCAUUCAAAUAAUAGUUUAGCCUUUUAAUUAAAUGCCAUUGCAGUACAAUUAUUUCUGAUGGCGAGUUGAUUUCUGCAGUUAUAACAUAAUCUAAUUCACAUUUCUGAUAGUCAUACAGUUUUAAUGACAAUCCUUUCAACAGCCUUAACCCAUAUAUCCCCAAGCGGUCACCAGUGACCGCUCUCCACUAACAUUACAUUACAUUAUAAGGUCUAUAAUGUGUAUUUCCAAUGUUAAGGGCUACUUUUGUAUGACCAAAUUUAGGGGAUGGAUUUCAGCGGGUUGAUGAGAAAUUUAACCAUUUAAUCUAACGGCUAACCAUUCAGGUUGGUUGAUAGUUGAAUGGCUUAUUAAGUGAGUUAGCUGCGAUAUAUAUUACAUACUUGUAUUUAAAUAUAUCUGUAUCAUUAAUAUAUUUUAGUUAUGUACUAGUAACCCAAAUGUCACAACCGCAAAGGUCAUAAGGAAGGAUUAGAUUAUUUUUAUGAUAAUAUUGAAGUAUACUCGACAAUAUUCAUAUCAUAACAGUUAUAAUUUUGUAGUAAUUGAUUUUAAACAUAUUAUGUUUAAAAGUAUGUAUAUUAUACAUAAUGUAAGAUAUGUAUGUCAGUAUGUGGAAUAUGUUAAUGAUGAUGAAUGUAAUUGGUAUUAUGCUUAUUUGAUUAAUUGUAAAUUUUAAAUAAUAAAUUGAUAAAUUGUUGUUUUAAAUUCUGUUGUAGCAAGGAACAUACAGCUUGGCAAAAAAGAGUUUGGAAUAAAUGAGGUCGCUAGUAUCGUAUCUAUGGCAAGCUGGUACAGAACAACUCAAUCGUUUUUGAUAUUUGUUAUUUUUUGUCUACUGAGGAGUAUUGUUCCGAUGAUUGUUUAUUCAUGAGAUAUGGUCUGAAGUGCAUAAUUCAGUCCAAGUGAAUAGUAGUUGCAGCUGUCACCGCAUCAAACACUUUUUUGCCAAGCUGUAAAUGAAUGAAUUACUUACUAAGGCCAUAAUAGAGUAAUAAAAACCAAAAUUAUAAAUCUUGGUUGGCUGGUCACAUGAUAUGUUUUUGAUGCAGAUUGCAGAUGUUAUAAUCUAUUUUAAAUGAGUCAUUCUUACAUUCUGUUUGCAGUCCCCAAAAUAGAUAGGUUCGGUAGUUAGAAUGUUGAAAUUGGAAUGGAAAGGAUGUGCGUAAUUAAUUUAAUUCAUAGUACAUAGUAAUAUAUAACAGGUAUUUUAAAGUAUUCUCAGCGUAUUUACUGUGCAUUUAAUGGAUCAUAGAUUAUUAGUCACAGAUAUCUUCAACUUAGAUUGCCUAACAGUAGAAUUGAGAACUAAUAAUGUAUUGAAUCGCUUAUUGUCAAUAGUUUUAACAUAACUAAAGUGUUCUUUAGGCACAAUGAUGCCUAAUUCAAUUUAUCUAAACUAUAUGUGUGAAUCUCAUGUCGAUAGCUACUUGUGUUAGAUCAUACGACUAAAAUAAUGCAUUGAUUUAUUAUAUAUAUUUAUGUAAAUAGGUACCUAUUUAUAAUGUUAUUUUUAUUUUUAUGAUAGAAUUUAUGAAUUUAACAAUUGAUAAUAUAUUUUAUAUUGAAACUUUGGAGCGGUUUUUAUUAAUUGUGUAGUUUUACGUGCCAUGCAAUAUAAAUGAUGAUUAUUGGCAGAUGCGGAUUAAUCCUAGAGCACGCCCUAGGCAAGCACCUCACAGGGGCCCUAGUUUUGUAUUGGCGCCGCCAAUCUAUAUAAUCGUGUCUCGCGGCGCCCCACUGUACCCUGGCGCCCUAGGCACUUGCCUAAUUUGCCUUAGGCAUAAUCUGUCUCUGAUUGUUGGUAAUAUUUAAGAACUAUUAUAUUAUACUUAGUAGUAUAUAAUAUUACUUAAUACAAUUAACUAAUGUGUAUACAUACAAUAAAACAUCUGAAUGUUUGAUGUAAUCAUAAUCAAUAAUA